AUGGCGGAUGAAAUUGAGACUGGCAACUGGCAACCCCAAGUUCCGGCUCAGGAAUUCAAUGGAGGCCCGGUGGAGAAUAGCCCUGAUGGUGUGCCGGGUUCGAAGGAGAGUGGUAUGAGGAAUGGGGAGGGAGAUGGGAUAGGAGAUGGAGAUGAGGGUGUGAAGGAAAGGAAGAAGUUAGUUAUUGUUGGCUUGGGAAUGGUGGGGAUUUCUUUGAUGUGAGUUUAUUCUUUUAUAGGACUUUGAAUUGGAGAUGAGAGGGGAGUUGAGGGGUGGUGAAAAGGAUGAGAGUGAGAAUGAUGAGGGGGCUAAUUGGUCAACAGUGAGAAGAUCAUGAAACUCGACGCCAAAAGACGGGAGUGGGAUAUUGUUGUUAUAGGAGAGGAAUCACAUCUUGCGUAUAAUCGUGUUGGACUCACGAGUUUCUUCCAGCAUCGGAAGGUGGAGAAUUUGUAUUUGAAUCCGAGGGAAUGGGUAAGUUUCCCUUUUUCACCUUGCUCUCUUACUCCUAUCACAAAAAAAAAGGAAAAGAAAGUGAAUGGAGGUUGGUGUUAAUGGAGAAUAGUAUACCGAUUGUCCCCCCGGCUCACUAAAUUACCACCUCAACACCAGAGUAACUGAACUCCACCUUGAACAAAAACUUGUAUCUUGUUCACCCGGUGAAACAGUCCCCUAUGAUGUCCUCAUUCUAGCCACCGGUUCAGAUGCCCUAGUCCCUAGACACACCCCCGGCCACGACGCCAAAGGAGUGUUCGUCUACCGAACCAUCGAGGAUCUGGAGAAACUCAUUGCCUACUCUGCCCUUAAAAAGGGGACGUGUGGAGCGGUAGUAGGCGGUGGACUCCUCGGUCUCGAAGCCGCGAAGGCAAUGAUGGAUCUCGAGAACUUCUCCAAAGUCAGGUUGAUUGAAAGAAACCGAUGGGUUCUAUCCCGGCAACUGGAUUCCGAUGCGGGAGGACUGGUCGUUGAGCAAGUUCGCGAGUUGGGACUGGAUGUCAUGCUCUCCAAACGCGUUGGGAAGAUCGAAGUUUCGGCUGAGAAUGAGGUGGAAGGCGUGGUGUUUGAGGAUGGUGAGAGGAUGGAGUGUUCUACUAUCUGUUUUGCGAUUGGGAUCUCGGCUAGAGAUGAGCUGGCGAGGAAAGCGGGGAUUAAAUGCGCGGAUCGGGGCGGGGGAAUUGUUGUUGAUGGGGAAUUGAGGACGAGUGUUCAUGAUGUUUAUGCGGUGGGGGAGUGUGCUAGUUGGGAGGGUCAGACUUUUGGAUUGAUAGCGCCGGGGAUUGAGAUGGCGGAUGUUUUGGCGUUCAAUCUCACGCAGGGGAAAGCUCAUGCGAUGAGGAGUUUUAAGAGGCCGGAUUUAAGCACAAAGUUAAAGUUACUGUAAGUCCAUUGACCAUGCCCCUUCCCCCUCCUUCUUCCCAAUCAAGCAAAUAAAAAUCUGAAGCUAACAUCCCACAGCGGUGUCGAAGUCGCCAGUUUCGGGGACUUCUUUGCGGACAAAGAUGGGCCUAAACACCUCCCUCUCCGCUCCGCAAAAAGUACCAAAGGAGGGAAUCCAGACCCCCUACAGAAACUCACGAAUGGACAACCUCCUGCACCCGUCAAGGCGUUGACGUACAAGGAUCCCUUCCAGGCAGUAUAUAAGAAAUAUCUGUUUACCCUCGAUGGGAAGUAUCUUCUGGGUGGGAUGAUGAUUGGGGAUACGAGGGAUUAUGUGAAGUUGGUUCCUAUGGUUAAGAAUCAGAAGAUGUUGGAUGUGAGUCUAUGUUGAUUUGUUGAUGAAAGUAAGGGGGUCUGGUUGCUAAUCUGGGGUUUUAGGUGCCGCCUAGUCAGUUUAUUCUUGGAGCGAGUAAGGAGGGAGAUGAGGGGGGCGAGGAUCUGGAUGAUGAUACGCAGAUUUGUUCUUGUCAUAAUGUUACGAAGGGAGAUGUGUGUGAUGCUGUCAAAGACGGUAGUUGCAAGAGUAUCGGAGACGUGAAAUCGUGUACGAAAGCUGGAACGGUAACUAUCCCAUUCCUUUAUUUCUUCAAUCGGGCUGUCGAGGGUUUUCAUUUUGAAUACCCUCCCCCCCUAAACACUUCCUUAAGCGAGUACUAACACAAUUUCAGGGCUGUGGAGGAUGCAUGCCCCUCGUAACCAGCAUCUUCAACACGCAAAUGAAAGCUCUAGGCAACGAAGUAAAAAACCACAUCUGUCCACACUUCAACUACUCCCGCGCCGAUCUCUACAACAUAAUCUCCAUCAAGAACCUCAAGACCCUUUCAGAGGUAAUGCGAGCCGCGGGAAACGACCCGCUAUCCCAAGGCUGCGAAGCCUGCAAACCAAGUAUUGGAUCCAUCUUCUCCUCGCUAUACAAUAAACACGUGAUGGCCAAACCCCUUAUGGGUUUACAAGAAACCAACGAUCGCUUCCUGGGGAAUAUCCAGAGGAACGGAACGUAUUCUGUUGUCCCCAGAGUGAGUGCUGGGGAGAUCACGCCGGAGAAAUUGAUUGUCAUUGGGAAUGUGGCGAAGAAGUAUGGGUUGUAUACUAAGAUCACUGGGGGGCAGAGAAUCGAUAUGUUUGGGGCGAAGAAACAGGAUUUGCUCGCUAUUUGGAAGGAGUUGGUUGAAGGGGGGAUGGAGAGUGGGCAUGCGUAUGCGAAGUCGUUGAGGACGGUUAAGAGUUGUGUGGGGACGACGUGGUGUCGCUAUGGGAUUGGUGAUAGUGUGGGGAUGGCGGUCCGGUUGGAGGAGAGGUAUAAGAGUACUAGGAGUCCACAUAAGAUGAAGGGGGGUGUGAGUGGUUGUGUUCGCGAAUGUGCUGAGGCGCAGAAUAAGGAGUAAGUACAUCUCUACUUUCUAUACAAGAGAGGAAAGAUACACUCACUAAUUCGCUCUCAGCUUCGGACUCAUAGCCACAGAAAAAGGAUUCAACCUCUACGUCGGCGGCAAUGGCGGUGCCUCACCAAAGCACAGCGAACUCCUCGCCAAAGACGUGCCCCCUGACGACGUAGUCCCCAUUCUAGACCGCUACCUAAUGUUCUACAUCCGCACGGCCGACAAACUACAACGCACCGCGCGCUGGCUCGAGAAUCUCCCAGGAGGAAUCAAGUACCUCCGCGAAGUAAUCCUCGAUGACAAACUCGGCAUCUGCGCUUCUCUCGAGGCACAGAUGGAAGAGUUGGUAGGUACAUUCUUCGACGAAUGGGCCGCCGCAAUCGCGGACCCGGAAAUCGCGAAGAAAUUCAGACAAUUCGAUAACACCACCGAGACGCUGGAGAACAUGGAGAUCGAAGAAGAUCGGGGACAGAAGAGACCUGUGUACUGGGCUAAGGAGAGCGCCAAGGUCGAUUUCAAGAAUACGAAGUGGUCGUCUUUGACGUGGCAGCCGUUGAUCGAAGCUAGUCACUUCAAGGACGCGGACGAGACGCCGAAUGGUAUCUCGGCUAAUGUCAAGAGAGGCGAUACUCAACUCGCCAUCUUCAAGGUGCGCGGGAAGUGGCUGGCUAGUCAGCAGAUGUGUCCACACAAACGCUCGUUCGUGCUUUCCGAUGGCUUGAUCGGUGAUUCGGGCGAUAAGAUGUGGAUCUCUUGUCCGAAUCACAAACGCAAUUUUGAACUUACGGGGCAAGGAAAGGGGGGAUGUCAAAAUGAUAGUGAGCUUAGCAUUGCGACUUUCGAGGUCGAGGAGAGGAGUGAUGGGUGGGUGUACUUGAAGUUGCCGCCUGUAGAGGAACUUGAUGACGUGCUGGGGACGGGCAAAUGGAUGGUGAGGAAGGGGGAGAGUGGUGAGAGUCCUUUUGAGAAGUUGGAUCGCAAGAUUGGGGUUAAUGGGAUGAAGAUGAAGGGGAGGAAGCCUUUCGAGGCGAGGAGACAUUUGAAUGUGGCGGUUAGCGCGGGGGGUGGGGUUGAUAUUGAUUGGUGA